AUGCAAGUGGAUCCUUACAAAACACCUGAGUUGCAGCAAUCGCACUCUUUUUUACGUACCCCUCCGUCACUCAAAUCUAGUCGAGAGAUUAAGAAAUCCAGACAGUUGAUAUCGAGAAAUACGAAAUGUGCAAUUUGUGACGAAGGAAUAACCAUGAAUCUUGCUGGAGAGAGGAUGAUUGAACUAUCGUGUGGUGAUUUUUGUCACCUGCUAUGCUAUUACUUAAUAUUGCCUCCUGUAGCUACAGAACUGCCAAUAUGUCCAUUAUGCCACACUGAAACUACAUGCAUGGAUGAAUUAUUGAAUAGGAAGUACGCUAUUCAGAAGCUUUGCGAUCCUGAAACACCGACAGGUGAAGAUGGUUUUGUUAGCGACAUAACUACUCAAAUGCUAGGAAAGAAAGAGUACACUGAGUUAGAAAUUGGAUUACAGAGCUAUACUCCUGAGCUGUCACCAACUAGUGCUAGGCGUAAGCUAGAUAGUUAUAUGAAGCCGAUUGUUGAAAUUAAAAAAUGUGAACAAAACGAGAUUGAUGAUAAUGAGCCAAGUCCGAUUUUGUGUAGCAUAAGUAUCAAGGCACCAGAGAUUUGUGCUGCAAACGAGGAGAAUAAGCGUAAGAAAUCUGUUUCAUCAACAGGUGAAGAAGUUAUUAUACAAAACUUUGUAAUUGGCAGCUUAAUUCAAAAAAUAGCCCAAAGUACUGUUGAAAGUUUGGGUGGUCUAAUAAUAUUUGAUAUUUUUGAUAUAAAUAUCAAUGGUAAUGAUAUAGGAGAUUCUGAAGUAUAUCUAUUUGAAAACGGUUUGAUUAUCAUGCAGGGUGCACAGGAAACAUGCAUCCUUCAAAGUAGCCAAUUUUUUACGGCAGUUUAUUCCUCAAGUAACGAAAUUGUUUUAAAUUUGAAGAGUGAAAAGAUUCCUGAAAUCAAGUUGACAGUGGAGGCUAAUUAUUUUGGUGAAUAUCACAUCGAAGAGUGGAAAAUUGUCGAGAAAUGGUUGCAAAUAUUUGACAAAAUAAUACUGGGUGAAGAUAAUUUAAGUUCGUAUUGCAAAUUCAAUCCCAUAACAUCAAAUGGAUGGGGAAUGAUUCCAACAGACUUGAGACCACAUUUGGAUCAAAUUGACAAUGAAGGAUUGCAGGCCGACCCUAUCCCUAUUGAUUCAAUUUCUACCGCAAAUAUCAUACUUUGCUUGAGUUUAGUAAAUUCUUUCACAAGGAUCGACAAUGAAACAUAUAAGCUUAAAGUUAAGUCAGUUCUCUAUUCAGUUAUUUCAGAAAUGAGACAAAACGAUAAACUUGGCCUCAUUUUUACUGGAAUAAACCUGAGAGGGGAACCUUGUAGGCAAAGCUCCCUUAUGGGCUACGCAGAUAAGAACUGGGAGGGCUGGAGGUUGAUCAUAGAUGAAAUUGAAGUGUUUUCCAACCCUAACGUAUUCUUUGAUAACUUUGAACAGCUAGCGUUGGGACUCAAAAAAUGCCAGAGCUUGCUUCAAUAUGUGGAUAUAUCUGAGGUAAAAGUCAAUAAGUUGGUGGUCUUCGAUUUUAUAGAUGAGCAUGGUUCAGAAGCUGAAAGUAGAAAUUUCGAGGAAGAUUCCAUUAAGCUCAUAACAGAAUUGGGACAAAACAUAUCGAUCUCUAUAGUGACACAGUCUCUGGAAGUGUUUGGUCAUAUUGAGAAACAUUUCAGGAAACCAGUUUUAGGUUCUGAGAGAUUGACAAAGUUUUCGGUAGAGAUAAUUACGAAAGAGUUAGAAGAUAUUGACAGUUCAUUGUUAACUGAUCUCUAUCACAACGUAUAUUUACCAAAGAUUUCCAUAAUACUACAAGGAAAUACUUUUCAAAUGCAUGAGAGUGCUAUUGAAUCGAGCGAGCUUGAAAUUAUCGAAUUUAACAUUGGCGAAUAUUACGAACAAAAAUUUAAUUUCAAAACUAAUUGCAGCAAAAGCGAAAUCAUUUACACCUUGAAUUGGCUUGGAAAUAAUGAAAUAGUUAGAGCUAGGAUCAUGUAG